CUCCUUUAACAGCGUUAAGCGAUAGCGCGGCUUUGAGUUUUUAGGGCUGGGCAGUGCCAUGGAUGCCGAUGACGCAUUGCUCAAGGAGUUCUUCGCGGAGGUGAGCGAGGUGGAGCGUGACAACGAGGUGAAUCGGGUUCUAUCGUGUUUUAAGCUCAAUCCUUUCGAGCAUCUCAAUCUUCCCGUGGAUGCGACGCUAGAGGAGAUUCGGAGGCAGUAUAGGAAGCUUUCUCUUUUAGUGCAUCCGGAUAAGUGUAAGCAUCCAAAAUCCAAGGAGGCAUUCGCUGCUUUGGCCAAAGCUCAGCAACUCUUGCUGGAUCCUCAAGAGCGAGACUAUCUCGUGGCUCAAAUAAACAUGGCAAGGGAUGAGCUGAGAAACGAGCGAAAGAAGCAUCUAAAGAAGGACAAUGCUUCCAAACUCAGGUCGAUGGUCGAUGAGAGCAAGUACGAGACAAUGUACGAGGACUCGGAAGAGUUCAAGCAAAACUGGAAACUACGGGUACGCACAAUCCUGACAGAUCAGGAGUGGCGGCGGCGGAAGAUGCAAAUGCGGAUAUCGGAAGAAGAAGGUAGACUGAAAAAAGAGGAAGAGGAAGCUAGGGAGAUGUGGAAGCGCAAGCGAGAAGACGAACAACAAUGGGAAGAAACGCGAGAGAAUAGAGUUAGUAACUGGAGAGACUUUAUGAAAGGAGGCAAGAAGUCGAAGGGACAGCUGAAGCCACCGAAGCUAAAGACCGAGGAUCCAAACAAGUCUUACGUCCAACGUCCAGUGAAGAAGUGAAGAACUUGGUUACUUCAUGCUCUCGAUUGCCCGGGCUUGGAAAGAUCUAUGUUGUACAGGUAUGACCACCAUCGUUUCACAGCGAUAAAGAAGAAAAGAAUGAUUUUUGCAGUUCAAAUUAAGAGCAAUCAAAGUCGCAGCACAACAAUUUGCUGCUUCUUCUCG